AUGAGGCCUCUUUUUUAUGAUUCAAAUUUCAAGAUUGAUGAAGAAACUUCUACUGCCAUGGCAUGGAUCUCAUUUUCAAAUGUUUUUCCUACUUUCUUUGUCAAGGAGUCUUUGUUCUCACUUGCUUCUGCUAUGGGAAAACCUUUGCAUCUUGACUUGGCUACUAUUAAUAAGGCAAGGCUAAAUUGUGCAAAGGUGACGGUCCGGGUGGAUUUAUUAUCAGAUUUCCCAAAGUUUUUUGUGAUGGAGAUUGAAGAUGAGGUUAAAAAACAGACUAGGAAUGUUAAGGUAAAGAUUCACUAUGAUUAUCUUCCAAAGUAUUGCACUGCGUGCAUGUUACAAGGACUUGCAAAUGAGGGGUGUAGAGUACUGCAUCCUGAACUAGAGAAGGAUUUACAUGUUACUACUUCAAAUGAGAAGGUUGUUGACUUGGUUACUUAUCCAAGGGAGAAAAUACAUAAUGGAGAACCAAAGAAAAAUCCUACGCUUGAUGGAGCAAUGGUUCAGAAGGAGCCUCACAAGGUUCAGGAUAAAAGUGUGCAAGAUGAUGGUCUAGCAAAUUAG